AUGCAUUUCUCGCGCCUUCCACGUUUGGUUACUCUAAGGCUACAUCUCGACGAGAACAAUCAAGGCUCCUGGACUUCUCCUGCAUGGGGAGGCUUCCCCUCGCUGAAGCGUCUUCUUCUCAAUUCCAGCAUACUCAUGGAUCGUGGUCUCAUCGCCGCCACAUUGUUUCUGCAAACCCUGUCGUCGUUGCGCCUUACCUCGCUCGAAAUCACUGCAGCACCACCAGCCCAUGUCGAGGAUUUCGGGCGGCUCAUGUUUGCUAUGAGUCAUUUUCAGCACCUGCAAGACUGUACGGUCGAUUUUUAUACCCUUAGCGACUGGCACAGCAUGGUCAUUGAUGGAAACACGCUCUCGCCUCUGUACCAAAUCUCAGGCAUGCGGAAGUUUGGUCUGGGGUAUGUGCUUAUUAUAUUCCAGAGGGAGGCCGUCCGUGACCUCGCCGCUGCAUGGGAGCAUCUUCAGGAAUUGCAGCUCUAUCCCCAUAUGACCAACCGUUACCAGCUUCACCUCGAGGACCUGCCAUUCUUCUCACAGAGUUGUCACACCCUGAAAACCUUAGUGGUCGAGCUAUUCCCUGUAGGCUAUAACUGGGUGUGCGACGCCAGUAUCCACAGCUCUUCGUGCCCCCUGUCAUGCCUCCACAUCGGGAAGUCCGAGAUAUCUCGCCGCGCAGAAGCUGAAGUUGCCGCCUACCUCGCAGAGAUCUUUCCGUAUGCUGUCAUUGAGCACAGCUUUCCACCUCCGCCACGGGGUUGGACAAUAUCAGAGUCAUGCGCGGACGAAUUCGAAUUCGAAGCGACAGGAACUAUUGCGAGGAUUGAUGCGCUAAAGAAGACGCUGAUUCGUGGCGCUGUGAGGGCAAAAGCUAGAGAGGAAGAUGAUGAUGACGCACCGGUGUCACUCUAGUGACAGUUCCCUCGUCUACACGGUGCGCCAAUUCGGGAAGUUCGGAGGGUUUGUCGUCAAUAUCGCUCCGUGUGGCCAACGCAACGUUGCUUGGCCGAACUUG